AUGGUGUCAUCGACAACAACGACGACAUAUGGCCGACGGGCCCUCGACGCCCGGAGGACCACCCUCGCCGCGCUGCUGCUGUCCUCCGCCGUGACAGCGCAGCAGACGUUCCCCUACGUCCCGACGACAAUCCUGCUCUCCCCCACGCAGCCCGGCGUACCAGCCAACGCCAGCAGCAACGGCCUCGCAUAUAUCUUCCACCAAGGCAGCAGCAGCAGUAGCGUCGAACUGCUAUCGUUAAAUGUCUCCUCGACAGUCGACGGGGCCUCCAGCCUGCAGACGAUAUCGAGCGGCCUGCCCUUCCUCGACGGCGCGAGCAAGACGACGGCCUUCCUGCCCGCGAUGGCCGACAACGGGACGAUCGUGGUGCAGGCGGGGGACUGCGCGGCGGACGACGGCUACGACGUGUGGAGCUACACCGCCGGCUCGUGGUCCAAGACUGCCGCGUCGCUGCCGAGCUCUGCCGACUCCGACGCCGGGCCGUAUGCCCUCGGCGCGGGGAUCAGCUUCUCGGCGACGCUGGCGCCGACGAUGUCGCAGCCGGUGCUGUACUCGUUCGGCGGCAUGUGUCUGAGCCCGACGACGGACGAAUCGACAUGGCAGGAGAACGGGACGUACACGAAGGCGAUGCUGCGGGUUGCGCCGUCGGACAGCAGCAGCUCGUCAGGGGCGUACGCGGCGAGCUUCAUAACCGGCAAGGGCCCCGCGUUCCCGGAGGCUGGGUUCUCGUUUACGGCGCUGAGCCCGUCCAUCUCGAACCGGUCCGGGGUCGUGACGCAGCAGAACCGGUAUGUGCUGCUCGGCGGACACACGCAGCAGGCGUUCAUCAACAUGAGCUCGGCCGCGAUCUGGAACCUGCCGGAGGAGUCGUGGAACUUCGCGACUGUCGGGGCUGUGAGGACGGGGAGCAGCGAGCUUGCCGUUAAGGGGGUGGUGAGGAGGAAUGCGGAGGUGGAGAGCCGGUCUGGGCACACUGCUGUGUUGAACGAGGACGGCACUGCGCUUAUUGUAAUGGGAGGAUGGGUUGGGAGUGUGUCGCAGGCUGCUUCGCCGCAGCUGGCGGUGUUGCAGAUGGGGGAUACGUAUGGAGAUUGGACGUGGGAGAUUCCGACGCAGCAGCCCAGCGGCGGCAUCUUCGGACACGGCGCGGCGAUCUUGCCCGGGAACGUGAUGAUGGUGUACGGGGGAUACGAGAUCUCAAGCUCGGGGUCCAAGACGAAGAGGCAAUCGAGCGGGACCGGGCUGCGGUUUCUGAACAUGACGUCGAUGUCGUGGACGACGAGCUACUCGAACCCGAAUCACGGCACAACGUCAGGCUUAAGCGGCGCUUCUGACGACAACAUCAAGAAGAUCGGCCUCGGAGUCGGCCUGGGCGUGGGACUCGCCGCCGUUCUUGGUGCUUUCCUCGUCUACUUCUGCUACAAGAGGCAUCUGAGGAAGAAGAAGCAGGCCAGAGACGAGGCGGUGCGCUCUCUUGCUCAGGAUGCUUCCCACUUCUUGCACCCGGAAGACGACAUGUUAGAGCGGCACGAUCCGUCUGCUUUCCCCUGGACAAACCACGCCUGGUACACCGGAGGCCACGACCCCUACGACGACGGCGCCAGAACAAUGGGUUACGAGUCCCUGAGAACCCCCAAUCAGGGAAGCUACGGCACAUAUCAGCAGCCACCCGGCCUCCUCAUCCCUCGCAAACCCAUCCCACGAGCAGCCAGGGGCGCGUACCAACCCGCCGCCACCCUGACGACACCAGGCCACAUCCACCCCAUCUACGAAGCAGACGAAGACGACCCGGACAACGCCAAAGCCAGACAACGCAACCAGGAGCCCGUGACGCCCACGACACCGGCCUACGCGGACCCUUUCACCACACCCACGGGGUCCGGUUCCGUGCCGGUCCUCGUCCCAGGGAACCGCAACUCCAUGACCCCCAGCCCCGAAGCGCUCAUGCGGCGCGACCCCGAGGUACAAGACUGGCAGUCCGACGUGGAUGCCGCCGAGGCGCUCCUCGCGCAGAUGCCCGCUCGGCGCAACACAGGAAAACGAUCCUCGCCCUCGCGGCGCGCGUCGAUGCGGUCGCGGGCCAGCAUGGCCGACGACGAGCGCACCGCCAGCAACGUCUCCGAGUCUGCACGGAGCGCCAUCAGCCUGCCGACGCGCAGCGCGUCCGCCAAGCGCAACAGCGCCGGCCCGAACAACCUGAACCUGACCAUCAUCACGGACGGCAGGGUGGGCACGUCGAGCUCGUCGAGCAGCAGCGGGCACACGUACUCGACGGCCAAGACGACGUUCAACGCGCUGCAGGCGGAGGGGCCCUCGCUGCUGCACCGCGGGCAGAAGCCGCUGCACGAGUCGCCCGACGACGACGAGGAGGACUACAUACACAUCCCGAGCAGCCCGAGCAAGCACAAGCCGCGGCGGUCGCUGGGGUGGCUGGGCAGUUUGAGGCGGGUGUUUAGCGGGAACCCGAACGAGUCGUCGGACUCGAGCAAGGAGGAUGAUCUGCCGAGGCGGCUGUCGCUUGACCAGGUCAGCUCGGACUACGAGCCGCGUCUCGUGGGGUUGUCUGGCAUCGGGGGCGCCGAGCUGCUGAGGAGGAAGCAGGGCAGGCACGAUUGGGAUGUUGACCAGAAGUCUCUGGACGAGUGGGAUAUUGAGAAGGCCAUCGAGCAGAGGCUUGUCCAGGUCAUGUUUACAGUGCCGAAGGAGAGAUUACGCGUCGUCAAUGCGGAGGUCGAGAAGGAGGAGGAGGCGGUGCUCGUAGACCCGGACAGAGACGAGCUGGACGAGCUAGACAGGCUGGUGCACGACCCAGAGAAGGCGGGCUUGGUGGUAGACUACAGAGACAAGGGCAAGGGCAAGGAGGUCGCGGAGGAGGACAUCACAAUGGCGUUUAGCAGACCAGAGUCACCCGAGGGCGUAUCAUUGUCGCCGACGAGGGGCAGGAGGUUGGUGCAUCUACCGCCGCCCAAAGAGGACGACGGCGGGGGCGGGUUGAGGGUCAGAGAAGAGUCUGAGCCGAGGCCCAGUCUGACGCUGAGGACGGCGGAGGUCGUCAGUGUUGUGAGGCCGAAGACGAGGGUGUUGGAGAUGGUGGAGAAUUUCGAGACGAAGAGCCGGGAGAGCAGUCCAUCGCUUCACUAA